AUGUCUCCCACCAUAGCCUCCCACCCACAACAGCAUCAACAACUUGAAAGAGGAGUACCGCCGCCGCCACCACCACCACCACCAGCCGAAAUCACAGGUUUAGACGCCAUAAUCGGCGUAGGAAUCACCGUCGGUGCAUUAUUUUUCUUACUGCUUAUGGCAGUUAUUACACCGAAGAUAAUACGACAUAGAAGAGAGGUUUUGACGAGAAAGAGGAGAGAGGAGCUUGAAGUAUUGGAAAAGAGGAGGGCUAGGGUUGGUAGUGGUAGUGGUGGUAGUGGAAGUGGGAGUGGUGGUGAAAAGAGUGGGAUUAGUAGAGCUGGGUCUGAGGUUUCUAGGGAUACGGUUGAAGGGAAAGAGGAGGUAGUAGAAAGAGGGAGGAGUCGAGCCCCGAGGCCGCUGCCGGCUGUGGGUGCAAGGCCUUCGGUUGGAAAUAAGCAUCUAGAACAGUGCUUUGAGAGUACAUCUCCGGCCAGUGAAAAGAAGACCGAUAUUACCAAGUGA